AUGGCCCAAAAUUCCUUUCAGCCCCUUUCCCAGCCGCAAAAAGUGCGAGCCCUUUCCCAGUUUGCAGUUUCCAUCAAAUCCUCUGUCAAAGCUGCAAUCCGCGAUAAUUUUACCAUCAGCACAUGGCUAUUGUUCGGCGGAAUACUCCAGGGUAUCGCCAUAGUGCUGUGUGGAUAUGUUUCUCUCAUACCAGGCGCAAUAAUCCUUGCCUACCGCACGUGUGACCAUGUUCUCAUGGCUAUGGGCUUGAAGAAGAACCGCUAUAUCUCAGGGGUAUACCUGACAAAGUUCGGCGCCCAAAUGCCGCGUGAUGAUGGAUCCUUCGAUGCGACACCUGCGGAUGGGUCCGUUGUCGUAUUCAUCAUAGGAGCCAAAUCCCACCACCCAUUCGGAAUUUUCGAUGGCGUAUACAAGAAAGUAGUCGACUAUUUUAAAUCUAUGGCAGCAGUGCUGGAAUCUUCUGAAGAAAAUGGCCUUCUAGGCAUGUCACUCUGGAUAGGCGGAAUGGAACACACUGCCAAUGAGACCAUGAGCGUCAUGUACUUCCGGGAUCUUGAAUCGCUGCACAGAUUUUCACACGGACCUGAGCACAUGAGUGCAGUAAGGUGGUGGUCGAAGGUGGUUGCGGACAAUCCCCAAGUCGGCAUCUAUCACGAGACAUAUAUCGUCCCUAAAGGGAAUUGGGAGAAUAUCUAUGUCAACUGCAAGCCGACGGGAAUGAGUGCGACUUCUUUUCCGGUCCGUCCAAAAGAAGCGAACGGAGAAACUCGAUGGAUCAGUCCGGUUAUCGACUCGAGGAAGGGACAGCUCCGAGUUGCUUCAGGGAGGCUAAAGAAUCAUGUGCAAGGUUAUGAUACUGAGGAGACUGACACCAUCUGGGACGAAACCUACGCAGACAGUUAUGGGAUACGUACUACUUGA